ACGGUACAACUGGGCUCUGCGCAUGCCUGAAAUGAGGACCGGUUGAGGCGGGGGUAUCAGAGGUCGUCUUUAUCUAAGAUGGUGGCGGGGUUGGUGCGAGUGGUUGUUGUGUGAGCGAUACUUACUGUAACAAAUGGUGGGACCGAGUUCAGCCGAGCCCGAGGCCGGAGUUGACCCCCGGGCAUCAACCGGCUCGGGAUGCGCGGCUGCCAUCGUCACACCGCUGCUCGAUGCAGACAAGGAGGUGAAGAAGCUGCAGGAUUUGGUCAAAAAGCUGGAGUUGCAGAACGAGCAGCUCCGGUGCCGGAGCGGCCGAGGUGGUAAGGUGCUCCUUGGCGGCGGGGAUGGGCCGCCCCCUGCGGCUAACGGCGAUCUGCCCGACUCCGCCCACGAUGCUCUGGACGUGGAGCUGAGUCCCAGUGACCCGCUCGCGGCCGACUGUGAGGCAUUGUUGAGCAGUGUCCUCCCGGGGGAGCAGCCGCCGGUUUAUCUGGAGGAGGAUGUCCUGGACCUGGAGCCGGACUUCGGGACUGCGGAGGAGGACAGCUGGUUAUAUGUUUCACCAAAGAAGACGGCAACAACAGAUGCAAACCAGAAGGCACAAAGUCCUCUCAAAUGGUGCAGACAAGUCCUCGAUCAUCCCAGCCGAGAGACUGAAGCUGCCUGUCGUAGCCUCAUCUGUAGACUCGAUCAAGCCAACAGAUGGAGAAACAUCUAUUGCACCCCGUUUGCUUCAGCCUGUGCUUAUAGCUCCAAUACAGAUGUCACUUCGUGUGGCAAUCUCUUAAACACUUCUGGUUUCCUCAAAACGUCUACUAAACCAGUACUAACCCAUGGCAGUUCAGGUUAUCCAACCAUCCACUCAGCACUGAGUUCCCAGUCAUCCAUUGAUAGUGAGUUGAGCACCUCUGACGACUCCAUCUCCAUGGGGUAUAAAUUGCAAGAUCUGACAGAUGUCCAGAUCAUGGCUCGAUUACAGGAAGAAAGUCUCCGUCAGGACUAUGCUUCAAGCUCAGCAUCUGCUUCCCGUCGCAGCUCCAGUGCCUCAUUAAAUUCCCUCAGGAGAGGUACUUACAGCGAUCAGGAAUUUGAUACUUACAGUUUGGAUGAUGAAGAUGAAUAUGAUUACUCAUUACCCCAGUACAGCGUGCAUAGAUAUUCGCCUUCUCCACGAAACUCACCUCGAUCGCAGUCUCCAGUUCGAGGAGCAGCAAAUGCAGCUAGAGUUCGGCCUUCACGACGCUGUUUGCAGGGUCGUGUGUCUGAGCUAAUGAAUUAUACAAAAAAUCAAGAGGAAAUGCGUCGCAGCAUGCCCAAUCUAGCCAAGUCGGGGAUUCGUGGCUCUGAUUCUGGUAGAGGCAGUCAAAGCUUUGAAUCUAAUUUGCAAAUACCCAGCAGUCGAAUUUCACGAUUGCAGCAGUCUCCAGCUGGUUCAUCUGGUAAGAUCAGAUAUACUACUGGUAACAGUAGCCAAAUUUCUCCCUCAAGCAGACAGCCAGUGAAAGCUAUUGCAAACAGUAACUCUCCCUUAACGACAAGGCAUCCAGUGAAAACGGCAUACCCAUGUUCUGGCAGUACUGUUCGUAGAAUCCAGUCUUCAACUUGUUCAAGCAUUUCUUCACCGACUGGCGUUACCACAAACGGAAGAUCGUCUAGCUCAGUUCCUGUCCCUAAGGGCACCCCAACUAAGUCACGGGUUGCUAGCGCUAGCACUUGCACUCCCACUUCUUCCGUUUCCAAGACCAAGCUUUUGCAGCCAGCAAGGAGGACACUACAACUCCCGAAGACACACAGCACUGUGACUGAAGACAAGUGGAAAGAAGGCUGCUAUUGAGGAAAACCCAAAGAUUUCUCAAGCUGCUGGCACCCGAUGAAGUGGAAGCCCAGCUGGCUGGGCAGAAGUCCAAUUUAAAUCAAAUGAGAGAAAAAUUCAGUUUCUGGCAAUGAACAAUAUUUUGUAAAGACUGGUUUUUAAAAGUCAUAGACCAUCUAUGCCAGGAUUCUGUUUUCUGGCCUCCUGUUGAUUGCAUCAUCAGCUCUGUUAUAUAAAGUCGGGUCACUUCAUGUAGGUACCUUUUUUUAGUUUACAUAUUUUAUGCAGAGCAAACCUGAACUCUCCAAACCUAUUCUGAAUUUGAGGUAAAAUUAUGUAACACUCAAUCUUUUCAGUGGCAGAAUCAAUCACAAUUUGCCUUGAUACUUUCACAUCUAAUUCUUUUCAUUCCUUUCUUAAAUCAGUGUACAACAGAAGGAGGCAAAAAAAAGUGAGAUCAGUCUUUGGAGGUGUCUGUAGUUGCCAAGUACUUAAACAUUCCUUUGCAAGCUCUCAGAAAAGAACUGAGCAACUUAUGUAAAGAUUGGUUCAUAAGAGCCACAGCAGCUUUUUUGUAUGAGCUAGUGUUGCAAUUGAUCAAACUAUGUUGCAUGAACUCAGGAGUCUGUGUCUUUCUCAAGUACUUGUUGGAUUCUGCAGGAGCUGCUGAGAACAGUCUUCAACUUUUUGUAAGUUGAACAUCUAAUAUCUUAGUGCUCCAAAUGCGCAGUAUUUAACAAAACAUGCUUACUCUCUUAAGAUAGUGCUGACCUUGUUUCUCUGCUCUGAACACAUUUUAAUGCCUCGUGAUUCAAGUGAAAAGUUGAAUGUGAGGAUUUAGGGGUAUGGUUGAUGAAUAGGAUCACGGGGACAUUUGGUGGGGCAAGGUAUUUAAAACUGAACAAAGUUCACACUUGCCUUUCAUUGGCUGUGGUUCAGAAGCAGUUGGGCCUCCAAUCAGACUGAGGCAUAUCUACUGACCAGGAAAUAAAACCAUUUAAAGGAGACAUCUGAGCAAUCAAAAUGCAGUUCAAGUUUCACAGCCACCUUUUGCCUUGAAGCUUGUGACCCCAAAAUCUUGUGACCUCCCUAGGCAUCAUAGUUUGGUAUGUCCCUGCCCCAGAGUACAAAAGUUUCCAUCUGUGUUGAAGUGAAAGUUUAAAAGACAGUAUUUCUUGUGAUGUAGUGCAGUAAGUUUAAAGGUUUCAAGAACGUUGCUACUGAUCUCUUAGCCACUCCACUAAAUCAACUGUAAUGUUGAAAUGAUGUAAUAGAUCCUGUGCUCUGUGGUGGUGAUCAAUUGCUGUUAGUUAUUCUUUCACAAUUCCCAGCUACUGCUAAUUUUGCCUGCUGUCACCUGACAAGUUUUUUUUUUUCCCCCCCACGUGCCAAGAUGCUCCCUGCACACAAGUCAAAGGUCUCACAUUUGCACAGUGAGGUUUUGAUCUCUGAGCAUGUUUUUAACUGAAAGAGAAAUUGACUGAACUACAAGUGUGAUCUAAGUGCAGUGUAAAUUUGGAACACAGGAAGAUGAAUUGGUAUAACCCUUGUGAAACCUUGAAUAAUCAAAUGGGAAAGGGGACAAAAAUUCAGCCCAUCAAUUUUCUGUUUCAGUACAAAAUUGAAAUUUUUCAGUUAGUUCAAAUAAUUCAAAGAGAACACCACUUUUUUUGGGAACAAUGGUCUAUAGCAAGUUUCAAUAGUAAACUGCUAAAUACUAUUUAUGUUGAUCAGUAUGCCCUAUUUUUAUAUACAAUUUAUCUGGCCAAGUUUGAAGUGUAGAUUGGAUCAAUUACCUUACUUUCCCUCACUAAGAAAUAUCAGUUAUCUACCAGUCAGCAGCAAACCAGUUGAAGAAUGGGAUUGAGUCUUCAAAAUAUAUUUCUAACGCAACUAAUCUCUGUGAGUUAGUAGUAAGGUCUAUGCUAUGUGUGAAUUUCAUAAUUGCCAUUCUCAAGCAACUCAAUUAGCUUGUUUUCAAUUUUAGUUCUUACAGGACGUUAUUGAACAACUUUUGAAUUUGUGUAUUGCAAAGUCUUUAUAAGAUAGAAGCGUUAACUGUCUGCUUAUAGUCAGUUGUAGACCAGCAUGAAGUCAUGAUGUGUUUUUAUUUCCUUCCUUUGCUGACAUUAAGUGUCAUUAAGUGUAAAAGGCA